AUGGCAAACUCUCAGGGGACCGGCACCACGCUGUCGGACAACAGCCGCAGCGACCUCGUCGAGAAACCCGAGGACGCCGAGCCGCAGCCCCCCGACCUCACCCCGCCCGACGGUGGCUUGACUGCCUGGCUCACCGUUGCCGGCGCAUGGAUGGUACAGUUUUCGACAUUCGGGUACCUCAACGCCUUCGGUGUCUACCAAGAUUACUACACCCGCACAUUCCUCUCCCACGUUUCCCCCUCCAACAUCAGCUGGAUCGGCAGCGUCCAGCUCUUUCUGAUGUACGCUCCGGCCGUGUUCGUCGGGAGCGCCUUUGAUUCCGGCUACUUCCACUAUGUCCAGAUCACCGGAUCCUGCCUUCUCGUCUUUUCUAUAUUCAUGCUCUCACUCGUCCAGCCAGAUCAGUACUACCAGGUCUUCCUCGCGCAGGGCCUUGGGAUCGGCCUCGGAGUCGGUCUCCUCUUUCUCCCGUCUCUCAGCAUCGUCGCGCAUCACUUCCGGCGCCGCCGCGCGCUCGCGACCGGCCUUGUCGUCAGCGGCGCGUCCUGUGGGGGUAUCGUCUACCCCAUAUUGCUCAACCACCUGUUCGAGAACCCGAAGAUGGGGUUUGCGAACGGCGUGCGCGUGAGCGGCGGGCUCGUAAGCGGCCUGCUCUUCAUCGCGAACUGCCUCAUGCGCACGCGCCUGCCGCCGAAACGUGGAAGCGCUAUAUUCACUCGUCAUGGGAUGCUGCACAUCGCGAGCGAUGGCGCGUACAUGUGGUCUAUCGCGGGCGCAUUCUGCACGAACCUCGGCCUGUUCGUCCCAUUCUUCUAUCUCCAGCUCUUCGCCGUCGACCACCGCGUCUCUCCGGCAAUCACAACGUAUAUCCUCGCGAUCCUCAACGCGGGGAGCACGCUGGGCCGGAUCCUGCCCAUGGCGCUCGCAGACAGGCUCGGGGUGUACAACAUGCUGCUCCCCGCGAUCCUCACGUCCGCCGUGCUGCUGUUCGCGCUGUUCGGCGCGGCGGACACCGGCGGCGUCGUCGCCGUCGCUGCGCUCUUCGGGUUCUCGUCGGGCGCGUACGUGUCGCUCAUUCCUCCGCUGCUCGGGACCCUGUGCACGGAUCUCAGCGAGCUCGGGCUGCGGAUGGGCCUCGCGUUCUCGAUCGUGGGCACGUCCAUGCUCGUCGGCACGCCCGUGUUCGGGGCCCUACUGGACAGCGCGUCCGCGCCCGGCUCCCGCGUCUGGUGGCGCGCCAUCGUCUUCGCCGGGGUGCGUUCUCUUCCUGCCUUUUCUGCCGGCGCAUCCUCCGUCUCCGAGUGA